AUGCGGCUGCUCCUGGGCCUGGCUGGGGUCCUAGCCACACUCAUCCUCCCUCACCCCGGUGACAGCACUGUCUCAGCCACCCCCAGGGCGGUGGAGAACUCGCUCCUUCAGGACUGCAUAGCAGAGGCCAAGUUGCUGGUGGAUGCUGCCUACAAUCGGACCCAGAAGAGCAUCAAGCAGCGCCUUCGCAGCGGCUCUGCCAGCCCCAUGGACCUCCUGUCCUACUUCAAGCAACCCAUAGCAGCCACCAGGACAGUUGUUCGGGCAGCUGAUUAUAUGCAUGUGGCCUUAGGGCUACUGGAAGAGAAGUUACAACCCUGGACAUCCAGACCCUUCAAUGUCACUGAUGUGCUAACGGAACAUCAGCUGCAUCUGCUGUCCCGGGCCACUGGCUGCGCUCCUCAGGACCAGGCUGAGAAGUGCAGCAAUAAGUACCGCACCAUCACUGGGAGAUGUAACAACAAGAAGAGACCCUGGCUGGGGGCCUCCAACCAGGCCCUGGCCCGCUGGCUGCCAGCUGAGUAUGAAGACAGACUGUCACUCCCCUUCGGCUGGACCCCUGGCAAGAAGCGCAAUGGUUUCCUCCUCCCUCUUGUCCGGGCUGUCUCCAACCAGAUCGUCCGCUUCCCCAAUGAGAGGCUGGCYUCUGACCGGGGCCGGGCCCUCAUGUUCAUGCAGUGGGGCCAGUUCAUUGAUCAUGAUCUGGACUUCUCCCCUGAGUCUCCAGCCAGAAUAUCCUUCACUGCAGGCGUUGACUGUGAGAAGACCUGUGCCCAGCUGCCCCCAUGCUUUCCCAUCAAGAUCCCACCCAAUGAUCCCCGCAUCACGAACCAGCGUGACUGCAUCCCCUUCUUCCGCUCGGCACCCUCAUGCCCCCAAAACAGGAACAAAGUUCGCAACCAGAUCAAUGCGCUCACCUCCUUUGUGGACGCCAGCAUGGUGUAUGGCAGCGAGGUCUCCCUGGCCCUUCGGCUCCGCAACCGGACCAACUACCUAGGGCUGCUGGCGGUCAACCAGCGCUUCCAAGACAAUGGCAGGGCCCUGCUGCCCUUCGACAACCUGCAAGACGACCCCUGUCUCCUUACCAAUCGCUCUGCACGCAUCCCUUGCUUCCUGGCAGGUGAUUCUCGAUCAACUGAAACCCCCAAACUGGCGUCCAUGCACACCCUCUUUGUGCGAGAGCAUAACCGGCUGGCCACCGAACUGAGACGCCUCAAUCCUCGCUGGACUGGAGACAAGCUGUAUAAUGAGGCUCGGAAGAUUGUGGGGGCCAUGGUCCAGAUCAUCACCUACAGGGAUUUUCUGCCCUUAGUUCUGGGAAAGGCCCGGGCCAGAAGAACCCUGGGGUCCUACAGAGGGUAUUGCUCCAACGUGGACCCACGCGUGGCCAAUGUCUUCACCUUGGCCUUCCGCUUUGGCCACACCAUGCUGCAGCCCUUCAUGUUCCGCUUGGACAGCCAAUACCGGGCCUCAGCACCCAACUCCCGUGUUCCACUAAGCUCCGCAUUCUUUGCCAGCUGGAGAAUUGUGCAUGAGGGUGGCAUUGACCCCAUUCUCCGAGGCCUCAUGGCUACUCCAGCAAAGCUGAACCGUCAAGAUUCUAUGCUGGUGGAUGAGCUCCGGGACCGACUGUUUAGGCAAGUGAGAAGGAUUGGGCUGGACCUGGCGGCUCUCAACAUGCAACGCAGCCGAGACCACGGCCUUCCAGGUUACAAUGCUUGGAGGCGCUUCUGUGGGCUCUCCCAGCCCCGGAACCUGGCACAGUUAGGCCGGGUGCUGAAAAACCAUGAUUUGGCAAGGAAAUUUCUAAAUUUGUACGGGACGCCCGACAACAUUGACAUCUGGAUCGGGGCCAUUGCAGAGCCUCUUUUGCCGGGGGCCCGAGUGGGGCCUCUUCUGGCUUGUCUUUUUGAGAACCAGUUCAGAAGAGCCCGAGAUGGAGACAGGUUCUGGUGGCAGAAAUGGGGUGUUUUCACCAAGAGACAGCGCAGGGCCCUGAGCCAGAUUUCCUUAUCUCGAAUUAUAUGUGACAACACCGGUAUCACCACCGUUUCGAGGGACAUCUUCAGGGCCAACAUCUACCCCAAGGGCUUUGUGAGCUGCAGACAAAUCCCCAAGUUGAACCUGUCAGCCUGGCGAGGCAAAUGAGGCUUCUGCAGGUAAGGGGAGGUCUGGGAAGGGUGAGGCCCUCAUGUCCAUC